AUGUACGCCGGUCAGAACUUUGGCGCUCCCCCGCAGCCUCCGUACGCCGGGCCGCCGCCCACCUACGCUGGACCGCCCCCGACGCACCCGGCGGCGCACCGACCAACCCCACCUGGCCAGGCCUAUGGCGCGCCCCUUCAGUACGGUGGCCCCCCGCCCCAGGCCUCGUCGAUGGGUCAGGGGCACGUCGGCGGUCACGACCCUCUGCUGAUCGCCACCAACCCGGAUGCCUUUGCUCGCAUGUUCCGGGAGCACCUCGCCGCGCUCACCUGGAACUCGAAGCCGAUCAUCAACAACCUCACCAUCAUCGCCCACGAGCACAUCCACCGGAUGGCCAGCGUCGUGGCCAAGUCGCUCGACGACCACAUCAUGCAGUCGCACCCCUCGAUCCGGCUUCCGAGCCUCUACCUCUUGGACUCGAUCUGCAAGAACAUCGGCCAGCCCUACACCAGCCUCUGGGCAGAACGCAUCGUCACCAUCUUUCUCGAGUCGUACCGCCUGGUCGACCAGCCCACCAAGAUGCGCAUGGAGGAGCUGCUGGCCACGUGGAAGGACGCCGCACCCGGCGGCCGCCCGCUGUUUGGCGAAAACACCCAGUGGAGCAUCGAGCGGCCCCUGUUUGGCAGCGCCGGCAUGCCUCUGCCCGGGCACAGGCCGACGCCUCCGCCGCCUCAGGCGCAGCACCACCCUCACGCGCACCACGCUCCCCCGGAUCACGGCAAGGCACGAGCCAUCGAGAGCAUCGACCGCCUCCUUGCCAUGGGCGCCCAAGAGCUGCGGGUGGACCCGAACAAUAGCGCCAUCCGGGAGCGCCACGAAUCGCUGACGCAGCUGAAGCUCGUGCUCCAGACGGCGGCCCUUUCGCCCGAGGAGAUGGCCCAGGUCCACGCGCAGCUUGACUCGUUGACGGCCAGCGGCAGCAAGCCGCCUCCGGCACCCGUCAACGCGACGCCGCCUCCCGCACCGGCGCCGGCGCCGGCUCCGAUCCCAGCAAACCUCGCCAGUGCGCUCGCUGGCCUCGGGAACCUCGGCGGCUUGUUGGGAGCUCCGUCUGUCGCCACAACACCGCCUCCAGCGCCUGUCGCCGCUCCGAUGCCCCCGCCGCCCGCUCCAGCUGCGCCCGCAGCUUCCGGUCAGCCUGAUGCCGCCAGCGCGCUGAUCGCGAGCCUGAUGCAGGCAGGCCUCCUCCCCGGAUCCGGCGCUGCUGCUGCUGCGGCGGCACCUGCACCUGUAGAACUCGACCAGGACGACGAAUACGUCCGAUCGAUCAUGUCGCUCGACAUCAAGGUGUCGGGCCCCGAGUUUUCGAGGGAGCCGCCGGCCCUCGAGCUGCUCCUUCACAAGCAUCUGCCGCUGCAGUGCAGGCAGUGCGCCAACCGCUACCCUUCCGGCGGCAAGGGUCAGAAGGGCAUGGACGAGCACCUCGACUGGCACUUUACCCAGAACCGCCGGGCCAAGGACUCGCAGGCGCGAGGCCAGAGCCGCUCGUGGUUCGACAAGCUGGACAGCUUUAUCCGCGGCGGCUUUGACGAUGCCGCGCCGUCGUCCAAGGCGGGCGACGAGGCGGGCGCCAAGGACGGCUCUCUGAACGCGGCCCAGGACAAGGCGCUCAAGGAAAAGUUUGCCAAGUCGUUUGUCGCCGCGCCGACCGACGCCGAGCUGAGCGCCAAGCCGUGCCCGAUCUGCAAGGAGAGCUUCAAGAGCCAGUGGAGCGAGGACGAGGAGGAGUGGAUCUGGCUGAACGCCAUCGAGGUCGACGGAGUGUACUACCACGCAUCGUGCCACUACUCGGCCAAGAUGCUGACCGAGAGCGUGGCGCGACGGAUGAGCUCGCCGCCUGGCGGAGGCCGCCAGAGCACGGGCCUGCUGACGGCCAAGCGUGGCACGUCGCGGUCCGCGACGCCGUCGAACGGAGCGCAGCGGUCGGCGUCGGUAGGCAACCCGAUAGCCAGGCUCAAGGGCGAAGAGGGCAUCGCGAGCUCCACCGACGGCGGUCCGAACGGCGCAGACGCCUUUGGCGGAACGAGGAAGCGCAAGGCGUCGGUCGGCGAAGGCGACGGGCAAGCGCAGGGAGCCGCGACGGAGCCUCCGAGCAAGAAGGUGGCGUGA